GGGAGACGGUGCGGGGUUCACUCCGGGGCAGGGCAGGGCGACCGAGGGACGGUCCUUCCCCGGUGUCCGCGAGGCCUGCGGCAGCAUGAAAAAGAACCAGACGGUGCAGGGCACCCUCAGCAAAUUCUUCGGCAAGAAGAAUGCCAACUCCAACACCACCUCUCUCUACGCCACCAAUCCCCCCUGGAUUUUCACCCAAGAGGCCCGGGACGAGGGUGCCAGGGACCUCGAUGGGAUCUAUUAUGGAGACAAUCGGUUUGACACGGUGAGCGAGUCGGGAACAGCCACGCUGAAAGCUCGGCCACGAGUUCGGCCCCUACUGACCUUCCUUCCUCUGAAUGCUCAGGAGAACCACGGGCUGGCUGUACCCACCCCCUCUGUCCCUGAAGACUUUGCAGACAAAGAAGUGACAGGUACCAGCUCACUAGUCAACGGCAACCUCCGACUGUACAGCUCUGUGGGUGACCUAAGGCCUGGGCACUAUGGCCAGGACCCAAGCCCCAAGUCCAGCUCUCCUGCUCCCAAACCCAAACCCAAUCCCCCCAGCCCAGAGGACACAACAACCUCUUCAGAGCCUGUGGACUGGCGGGAUCCCAGCCAGAUGGCAAAGCUGCGGAGCGAGCUGGCAGCCUACCUCUUUGGCUCCAAGAGAGAGGACCGAGGCGCUAGUCACAGUCCAGGCCCAAGAGUGGCCUCUCAGGGAAAGGAAGGCAAGAAGGGCCCCAGCCUGCCGGAGAAGGAGGCUCCCCUCAGCUUGCCAGAGAAAGAGAUGCCUCCAGGUGGUCCUGAGAAGAGUCCCUGUCCAGAGAGAGAGGUCGCUGCUAGCCUGACCCUCCCCGCUGUGGACUACAUCCCCCAAGACGCUCCAACUCCUAGUGUCCAGCAGAUCCGGACUGAGCUGGAGGCCCGGCUUUCCUCAUCAGCGGAGAAGGAGGCCAAGCCCGGUAUAAGGUCUCUGCCUCCCAAACCUCGGCUAGAAGGAAGAAAACUCUUUGAAAACAGGGCUGAUAAUGGCCAAUCCUCCAAGCCUGUGACCAAGAAUCUGCCAAGCACAUCACUCCAGUCCAAGGCCACGCCUGGGCCAGCCACACCACCCAAGGCCACGCCUGGGCCAGCCACACCACCCAAGGCCACGCCUGGGCCAGCCACACCACCCAAGGCCAUGCCUGGGCCAGGCAUACCAGCUAUAACCUCAGCUCAGCCUACCACAUCAUCUCACCUGACAGCAGAGAAGAACCUAGUCCCCAGUGAGAAGUGGAAGAAACCAAAACCUCAACAACAUGCAAAACCUUCCCAGACAGAGGCAAAAGAGCGGCCCUCAGAGACCAGUAAGCCUCUAACACCGGGAGCCCUCACAUCUAUAUCUGCCCCACCUAUGAUACCCCCUGGCAAAGAAGAGGUGACAUUUCUCUACAAACCCCAUCACAGCCAGAACAGCCCCAACCGAGAGGUUGCUGUGGUGAUACCCACCAUGGCCAGAGGAGAGGCUGCAGGGUCAGGACAGCCUGUGGAGGUGAAGGAGGCCCAGGAGCUGCCAGCCAAACCCCCAGCCUCGGCCCAGCCUGCUGAUGAACUCCUCAGGCAUCCAGUGACCGGGGAGGUGGUGGAGCGGGGCUCCCCCAUGGCCCUGCUCCUUGCAGCCAGGCAGAGGGCACAGAAGGGGCGGUCUGGAGGGGCUGGCCUGGGUCGGUCCUCCCUGCCAGGGAGUUUCCAUGGCCAGAGCGGCCAGCCCCAGGCAGGCUCUGACAGCAUCUUCCUCAAGGAGGGCAGGCCCAACUCCUUCACUGUGGUGCCCAAGUUACCCACGGAGGCUGAGAAGAACCUGCAGCUGGCCUCGUCUAGUCCCUGGAAGCCCCAGCGAGGCAGAGACCCAGAGGGCACAGAGCCAAGCCGCCGAGGGCACAACUGGACCAAGGAGGAGCCCCAGGCCCCUGUGGCCUGGGAGAGAUCAGCAUCCUCCAACCUUCCCCAGGACCGCAUGCCGCCCAAGUCCUUCUCAUAUCCUUCUUCUCCUUCCUACAAGAAGGAGGAGGAAGAGAAAGAGUUCAGCUUUGAGGUCAUCCCACCGCCUCCAGAGUUCAGCAAUGACCCCGAGCCCCCCGCCCCGGCCCUUCAGUAUCUGGGCCGCCGGGUCUCCCCUUCCCGGAACAAGUUCUCAGACUUUGGGCAGCUCCUGGACGCGAGCCCCGCGGCCUCGGCAGCGCCUCGCGGCUUCUCGCUCUCUCCGGCGGGGGCGCGCUACGCAGGGACCGGAGGGUUGGAGCGCUUUUCCCGCGGAGGCAGCUCGCUCAUCAAGAAGCGUCUAUACGUUGGGGAUCCCCACCGCAACCCCGGGCUGUCCCGGGGCGGCAGUGGCCGCAGCCUGAGCUCCCCCAAUUGCUUCGGGCCUCAGCCCGGAGGGCCCUUCGGAGCCCCCGGAGACCCGGAGAUGAGGCGCGUCAACUCGGCGGGCCGCGCACCCCCCGGCGGCCUGCGCACACGGAGGAUGUCCCUGGAGAACCCCGCCCGCGGAGAGGCCAAGUACAAAGCUCCUGGUGGCGACCACGGCUUCACCCCCGCUACCAGCAGGUCUCCCCACAGCACGCCCCUCUACGGAAGCCCCAUCAACACCUUCACUGUGAGGCCUGGGACACGCCAUCCCAUCUCCUAUGCGUACUCAGGGGCCCAUCGGAAUGCCCUGUCCUGAGCCCAGGGUCCUCUCAGCUCUCCUCUAGGGGGUCGGAUCCAGGCACUUGUUUUUGUGGUGGUGGGAGGGACGCAGCAGGAGUUAGGCAGCCCGACUCAGGCACAGAGGAGUCUUUGUUGUCCAAAGACAGAGAAAUGGACAAUGAGGGAGAAGCAGUGGCCCCGGAAAGAUCCAGGAGGGGCUUCUGUUUCCGGGUGUGCCGUGGACUCUCUGCAGAUGGGGGUGGGAGGGGCAAGGAGGGAGGAGAGGAGGAGCCUUUAAGGGCCUGGAGCCUGAGUUUCUGCGAUCUGGUACUGUUUGCUUUAGCAAGGCUUAUUUAAAGCAGUUUUACAAGCACGGCCUACUGAGCAGGUUCUGAAAGCAAGGGGCGGGGCAUUCAAUCUGACUGGGAACCCAUCUUGGGGUGGUUGUGAUUACCUGUUAGGCCCUCGCGAAAUGGGGGUAUAGGGAGCUAUAGGUUGAUUUCUGUAGCCUCCACCAGCCCACCAGUUGCCACCCUAAGGUGAUUCCUGGGGCUCGUAGCAUAGAAAGCACGGGAGGGGGGACCAGAAAUGUGCCUGCACCACGUGUGGAGAAGGUACCGGAACAGAAUGCUUUGCAUUGAUUGGCCAAGUGCUGGGAUGGGGGAUUGAUGGUUCAUUUUGCCCUGGCGCUGGCCUUUAGCUACAGGGAAGCCUAAAGAGAGAAGCCUUGGCAAGUUUGGGGUGGGAGACAGAGGAUUAAUGCUUGCUUUUCUACUUAGACCUAGGCAGCCAUUGGGGAUUGGGCUCAAGGAGCCAGAAGGCCUGGGACUCAACACCAAAAGCCUUACAUAGCCAGGUCCUGUUGGGGGUUUGGAGGGGGGCAUCAUUCCCAACCACCCCUCCCAACCCUGAUACUAUAGGUCCCCAAUAUUAUUGAGGCCUUAACAUGUGUAGCCAAGAUGCUGGAAGCCCUCGGAGAGUGGGAGGUGGCAGAGAUGGGAAAUGACAUCUGGGAGAUGUUUGCUGCCGACAGGGAAUGUGUUUUGGAAAGUCAAGAGUGGUAGAACUGGGCCAGUUCAGAGCAAGGAGCCUAUCAGUAGGGUGGCCAUGUAUCCUUGGCCUGCGCCGUUCAGGUUUAUGCCUGUUUUCCAGUGAAUUUAGACCCUCCUCCACUUUCAAAGAAAGUCAUGGUUUGGGUGACAUAUGGCCGCCAAACAUAUCAGGAAACAGUAUCCCUUGGUGUAUCUUCCCUGCCUUCAGGUCUUGUGCCAAAUUCCUGGGACCAGGCCAAGGCAGGCUGCCUGGGCCAGGAGGGAGGGCAGGGGAGAUGCCCACCGCAGAGGAGGGCAGCCAGGAAGCAGUUCCUUUGGGGGCAAGGUGUUGGACCUUUAUGAUUUGUGGUAACCUAUCACAAAGGUACCAGUUUGUGGGGACAGCAGAUGAGCCACAUCAGGAAAAGAGAGUGAAGGGUGGGCAGGCUCCCUGAUGAGGCAUGAUCUGGUUACCGGUGUUCAAGAAGCGACACCCGCUCCAGCUCCGGCACUGGCUCUGUGUAUAUGUAUGUAUUUUCCCUGUACAAUGUUUUAUAAAAUAGUUCACUAACUUAUCUGCUGUGUUAAGGCUUGAGGGGUGAGGUGUGGGCUCCCAGCUGUAGAUUGCUUGGGGGUGGGCGGGGAAGGAUGGGCUCUCAUUUGGCUUGGGAAAUAAACAGGCCGGUUUGGACUGGCCUCCAGCUCUGUGGCUGCGGAUUGAAUGACUUGGACCUCCUGGGGUGUGAUGAGAGGUUGGGAGAGCUCAGUGGGGAAAGGCUGAGCACAGCGUGGUGACUGAACUGGUGAGCCAUUUUGCUGGGCCCAAGCUUUCUCUUCUGACCCUCUCAUUCUCCAAAUCCUUCAAGGGGAAGGAGUCUGGCGAUAACAAAUUGUGUCUUUAAGCUAGUCCUUUUGACUCUCUGAGCCUCAGUUUCUUCUUCUGUAUACCAGGCAUGAUAAUAAUACCUACCUCAUAAGGCUGUUGUGAAGGUUAGAGACGGUCAUGAAUUCAUUUAACAAGUAUUUGAGUGGCUACUAGAUGGCAGGCACUAUGCUUAGCAUGGAUAUAAUCUUGCCCAUGGGAAGAUUAUAAUCUAGUGGGGGACAGAGAGGGGAUGAAAAGAACGCUCAGAAACAUAAAUUAUAAUAAGUGGGAAGAAGGAAAGGAACAGAAAGUGUGAGAUUAAUAACUGGAGGGUGAAGGAGAGACGUGGAUUUACGUUAACCAGGUGGUCAGGGAAGGCCUGUCAAAGGGGUGAUAUUUAUGCUGAUUUAGGCAAAGCAUUUAGCACAUGUCUGGCACUCAGUAGCUGCUCAAUAAAUUGCAUCUUUGGGUGAUGACUACCUUA